ACUGCCGAUGUGGCUGUUUUUUUUUUAACCCAAGGUUUUUUUAUUUCAGCAUUAAAUAAAGUCGACAUGGAAGUUUUAUCUUUAUGUGUGUAUUUUAUGCUCAGUUUUGUAGCAGCGGAAGAAGAAGAAAGGCUUCCAAAUAAAUGUGAAGUGUGCAAGUUUUUGACAGUCGAGCUUCAGGCAACUUUGGAAAAGACCGGCCGCUCCAAAGAGGUCCUGGAGCUCGGAGAAGUGCUGGACACUGGGAAACGCAAACGCAAAAUCAAGUACAACACCUCGGAAACAAGAUUAACAGAAGCUGUGGACAAUAUCUGUGAGGGAAUAUUGCAGUACAGUGUCCAUGCUGAGAGACCUGGGAGUCUUCGGUAUGCCAAGGGCACCAGUCAGACCAUGAACACACUGAAGAACCUGGUUAAUAAGGGGGUGAAGGUGGAGCUGGGCAUCCCCUAUGAGCUGUGGGAUGAGCCGUCAGUGGAGGUGGCAGACAUGAAGAAACAGUGUGAGACCAUGUUGGAGGAAUAUGAAGAGGUGAUCGAGGACUGGUAUUUCAAUCACCAGGAGGAAAGACUAGAGAAAUUCCUGUGCGAAGCUCACGUCCUGAAAAAUUCAGAGUCAGAAUGUCUGAAAGAGGUAUGGAAAGGAGACUUGGGUGUGAAGGGAUCAGCUGGAGACUUGGAGAGCGAGCGAGAAGAAGAUGGUCAAACACACGACGCAGGAGAACUUUAACAGCAGAAACAUGGCUGACAAACUCCGACAGCUGGACUUCAGCCUUCUUUGUAGAGAGCGUCUUGAGAAAGAAAAGUCAUCCUGAAAGGCCAACGAACUGGGAGAAGUGUUUACAGGAACGUGCUUAUGUACUGUACGUUGGUUCUAAUCGACACGACAGUGCAUAAUAAUCGUUUUUAAGAUGAAUUUAAUUUCUCAUAUAUAUUUAUCAAACUCCCUUCCCACACCAUGUGGCGGCGCCAAUCUCCGUUUCCGUAGCCCUUAGCCUCUCGCCUAUUACAUAGCUAGGGUUACAGUGGGGGGCUAGUCCUCCGGUAACCGCGAGAGUUUGACUCCCCACUCGCAUCUGUAUUGCAGCGUGCCUUGCCAGACGGCAGAAGGUUCCAUUUUUAUGAUGGGCUUUGGUAUGACCCGACCGUGAGCAGAACUCAUGAUCUCCCGAUCAAGAGGCAGACAUGCUAACCAUGAGGCCAACUCUCAGUCAUAUAUAUUUUUAUUUUUUUCGCGGUCCGGUUUCCAUCAAAUCCUGCGCUCUGAUUGGCUGGCGAGCGGGUCCGUAUCCUACGAUACGGACCCCGGUAAUAGACCUCUGGUGACUCGCUCGUUCACAACAACAACAAACAUAGUAGCAUUUUUUGUCAACAUUUAUCUUCUUUUUAUGAGAUUUAUUUAUAAGUUUCUCAAAAAUCUUAUACAUUUUUGCCAGCAUUUCUCAGGAGAAUAGCAUUAAUUUUACAGCAUGGAUAGUGAUAAUGACAGUGUUCACAGCGAAAGCGAGUUUUACUACCCUGAGGAAGACGAAAUAAAAGAAAACAUUUCAGGAGAAAGCUAAAAACCUGUAACUUGCUAACACCGAGCAAAAACAUGGCUGAAUCCUGAAUGACUCCUAUUUGUAUAAAUAGGGGACUACAUAGGCGGCAACAUGUAGUUUUUUUUCCCUGCCAUAGAAGUGCACUUGUAUACAAAGGAGGAAGCCAUUUGUAGUACAGCCGUGAAUGAGGAUUCAAAAUGGCGGCCCGGCUCGGUUUUCCCUUUCGGGCGCUCUCGUUUUCUGUUAGAAUUUGGUAAAGAAAAAAAUAAAUAUAUUAUUUACCAGUGUAAGGUUGGUCCGUAUGGUGAAAUACUGUGACCUCGGCCUUGAAUACUGACCUCGGCCCAGAGGGCCUCGCUCAGUACUUUCAAGACCUCGGUCACGAUAUUUCACGAUACGGACUGCCCAGCUGGUACAACCCCGAUUCCAAAAAAGUUGGGACAAAGUACAAAUUGUAAAUAAAAACGGAAUGCAAUAAUUUACAAAUCUCAAAAACUGAUAUUGUAUUCACAAUAGAACAUAGACAACAUAGCAAAUGUCGACAGUGAGACAUUUUGAAAUUUUAUGCCAAAUACUGGCUCAUUUGAAAUUUCAUGACCGCAACACAUCUCAAAAAAGUUGGGACAGGGGCAAUAAGAGGCUGGAAAAGUUGAAGGUACAAAAAAGGAACAGCUGGAGGACCAAAUUGCAACUCAUUAGGUCAAUUGGCAAUAGGUCAUUAACAUGACUGGGUAUAAAAAGAGCAUCUUGGCGUGGCAGCGGCUCUCAGAAGUAAAGAUGGGAAGAGGAUCACCAAUCCCCCUAAUUCUGCGCUAACAAAUAGUGGAGCAAUAUCAGAAAGGAGUUCGACAGUGUAAAAUUGCAAAGAGUUUGAACAUAUCAUCAUCUACAGUGCAUAAUAUCAUCAAAAGAUUCAGAGAAUCUGGAAGAAUCUCUGUGCGUAAGGGUCAAGGCCGGAAAACCAUACUGGGUGGCCGUGAUCUUCAGGCCCUUAGACGGCACUGCAUCACAUACAGGCAUGCUUCUGUAUUGGAAAUCACAAAAUAGGCUCAGGAAUAUUUCCAGAGAACAUUAUCUGUGAACACAAUUCACCGUGCCAUCCGCCGUUGCCAGCUAAAACUCUAUUGUUCAAAGAAGAAGCCGUAUCUAAACAUGAUCCAGAAGCGCAGACGUCUUCUCUGGGCCAAGGCUCAUUUAAAAUGGACUGUGGAAAACUGUUCUGUGGUCAGACGAAUCAAAAUUUGAAGUUCUUUAUGGAAAUCAGGGACCCAAGUUGUUAUCAGCGCUCAGUUCAGAAGCCUGCAUCUCUGAUGGUAUGGGGUUGCAUUAGUGCGUGUGGCAUGGGCAGCUUACACAUCUGGAAAGACACCAUCAAUGCUGAAAGGUAUAUCCAGGUUCUAGAGCAACAUAUGCUCCCAUCCAGACG